AUGCUCUACGGUAGCGAGUGUUGGUCCGUAAAUAAAACCCAUGGAGGAAUGCGUCACUCCGCUGAAAAGAGGAUGCUCGGAUGGGCUUGCGGCUGGACGCGGCUGGAUCGGGUCAGAAAUGAAGACGUCAGGAAAGCUAGGCAAACAGCACCGGUUAAACUGGAAGUGAGAGAGCAGCGCCUGGUUGGAGCAUGUAUUAAGAAGUCACAGAGCCAUCCGAUAAGGGAGGCAAUGGAGUUCCAGGCUGGUAAGAAACCACGAGGAUCCCUGAAGAAGAGAUGGCAGGAUGUGAUCAGAAAGGACCUCGCCGAAGCUAAGGUGACGGCAGAAGAUGGCGUAGAUGGAAUGAAAUGGAGACGGCUGCCAAGAACAACGGACCCUGCGACGGCGCGGGAUUAA